AUCAAUUUGGCCCAUCCGACCAUUGUCUUCCUCUGAGCCUUUUGUCCUCAAAUUUAUUUAUUUAUUUCUUUAUUAAAAUCAGCUACCUAAGAAUAUUUAUAUACAUAUACUCUUUAAGCUUCAACAUUCAUCCAAUAAUUUUUUUUUCAUACAAAAUAUAUAAUUGUUUCGAAGCUCAUAACUUUACUUGCAAAACCUUAUUUUUCUUUCUUCUCUCUCUCUCUUAGCUCUCUCUAAGAAGAUGAUUCAAAAGCCAAAGAAAUAAUUGGAAUAAAGCUUCAUUUUUCUUGUUGGAUAGAUCCAUGUAAAGGGUCUCUCAAUCUAUAUCGAUCUGCUGAUGUACAAAUCUUUUGAGAAAUUAAGAUAAUUUUUGCUGGGAAUAAAUAGAGAAAGGGAGAGAGAAAGAAGGAAUAAUAAAGAUGAUAAAUGGGUUUGAUUUGAACGAAGAAGCGAAAGGCAUUGAUGAAGGAUCUGGAGAAGAGAACUCGAAUAACUCGAACUCGAACUCGAGCAGCAACAAUGGAAUGGAGGAAGAAGAGAAAGAAGAAGAGGAAGAGGAACCGAGAAGAAGUGGAAGUGUUAGAAAAUAUUCAAGGUCUAAAAUGCCAAGGCUUCGUUGGACUCCUGAUCUUCAUCUUGCCUUUGUAAAUGCUGUUGAAAGACUUGGAGGACAAGAAAGGGCAACACCAAAGUUGUUACUUCAGUUGAUGAAUGUAAGAGGGCUCAGCAUUGCUCAUGUAAAGAGCCAUUUGCAGAUGUAUCGAAGUAAGAAGCUGGAUGAGUCUGGACAAGUUUUAUCUCAGACAAUGUUUGGAAGAAAUCACAUUGUGCAAAUGUACCAGAGAUUGAACCAUGGACACUUCAGAGGGCACAAUAGUAAUUUCCUCUCACACAUUACAAAGCCUUACCACCUCAGACCACCUUCUAACUCUUCUUCAAGGUUUGGAGAUGAGUGGGAAGCAAUAGAUCAUCAUAAUCCAUUGGGAAUUAGGGGAUGUUCUAAUGUAUGGAGCAAAGAUGAUCAUAAUUCAAACAUAAUAAUGGAUGAUCCCUUUCAAACUACUUCUCAUAUAUAUGAAGUUGCUAAUGCAAUUUCAAGAUCAACCACACCCAUAAGGCCAAGCCGAUUCCUUGAGGAUAAGAAAUGGCCUCCCCAUCACUUAAUUACUACACAACAUUUUCGUAUCAAUAAUAUUAAUAAUAAUCCCCAAAAACAUUAUUUUCGACCUAAUAUACUUAACAUCCAACAACAACAACAGUCUAAUUCUCUAUGGAACCCUAAACUUACAAGCUUCAAUCAUCAUGAUCAUCUUCAUCCUUCUCCAACCACUUCAUCUUCUCCAUUGUUCAAGCUCAGUCGAUCCAGCUUCGAGCCUGAUUGUCUCGUUCAACGUCCCUCGACUCAGUUAGAGUUGAGUUUAAGGAAUAAUAGCUUGGUGGAAAAUGGUGGUGGGAUAAUGGUGGUGAAUAAUAAUAAUAAUGAGAAAGAAGAAGAUGAAUGCAGGAGAGAAAUUGAUACAGUACUUUCUCUUUCUCUUUCUACCUCUUCAUCAAGACAACAACAGCAACAUCAAGAAGAGGAAUGUAGACAAACAAAUAUUUGUUCAAAGGUUUGAAAAUUAAAUAAUGGGCUGAGUACUUAAGGAUCUAUCUCAUCCAUGCAAAAUUAAAUUACAUUAUUAAGCUAAGGGCCAUAGGAGAGUGAGAUCUUGUAAGUACUUGUCUCAAUAAUUUUUUUUUCUUAAUGGAAAAUAUUUAUUUACAUU